AUGGCAGGCGUGAUUUGGUCGGUGAUGAUCUGGGUAGCGUUGUGUGUGGCGUCGGUUGUACGCAUUGAUUCGUGCAAUCAUACCCUAAGCGUGCACCAGAAUUUGAGGCUGGGGCAGACCUUGGUGUCGCUGAACGGGAGGUUCGAGCUGGGGUUCUUUAACGUGUGUUCCGGCGGGAGAGACGCCGGCGGCGCUGAUUUGAGGUAUUUGGGGAUAUGGUACAAAGGCAUCGAGCCAUUGACGGUGGUGUGGGUCGGCAACAGGGAGAAGCCCUUGCGUGGGAAUGACGUCAAGCUGUUCUACGCUCCGGGGGGGAGUCUCAUGGCACGUGACCAGGAAGCCACGAUGAUCUUUGUCGCGAAAUUGAAUCAGACUCUGGGACGGCCAUUGCUCCUGCUCGAGAAUUCAGGCAAUCUUAUCUUAAGAGACAUCGAAAGGCAGCUCGACAGGCCUUACGUUUGGCAAAGCUUCGAUUACCCUUCCGACACGCUGCUGCCGGGGAUGAAACUCGGCUGGGACAUGAAAACCGGGGCGAACCGGGUUCUGACAUCCUGGAAGACGUCGGAGGAUCCCUGGACCGGCGAUUUCGUGUUCAGGAUGAGCACGCCCAAGUCGCCGCAGCUGCUGCUCGAAAAGAAAGGGUCAGUACAAUCCAGGUGGGGUCCCUGGAACGGGAAGAGAUUCAGUGGGACAAACAUCAAGGAAAAUCAGGUUUUUUCGAUUGUUUAUGAAUCCAGCCCUGACGAGAUUUAUUUCACGUUUCAAGUGACGGAUGACUCCAAUUUGCUGAGAAUGAUGGUCACUCCCAACGGUGCAAUACAGUUACUGAAAUGGAAGAACAUCUCCCAGGGUUGGGUUCCAAUGGUGGCUUUAGACCAGGAUGCCUGUUCCAGAUAUGCUUCCUGUGGACCUUACGGGAUCUGCCAUGGCGAUGAUUCAAGUUGCCAGUGUCUCAAAGGGUUUGUGGAGAAUUCACCAAGUGAUUGGGGAAGAUUGGAUUGCACAGAUGGGUGUAGGAGAAGGACAGCCCUUAAUUGCAGUGGUGGUGAUGGUUUUAUGAAGUUUUCUGGGGUGAAACUGCCUGAUAACUUCACAAUCUGGCAGGGUUUGAACCCUAAGGAAUGCAGUAGUUACUGCUUGAAGCAGUGCAAUUGCAUGGCUUACACAAGCCUUGAUGUUUUCGGAAAUGGGAGCCAAUGUGUCGUGUGGUUCCAUGAAUUGGUCGACAUGAGGGAUUCCCCCAGCCAUGGAGAUGAAAUUUAUGUUCGGAUGGCGCGUGCUGAAUUAGAUUCUGCAUCCCAAAAGAAGAAGAAGAGGAAUAUUAUCAUAUCCUGCAGCUCCAUUGGGUCAGCAAUAUGUGCACUGGUAAUUUGGUAUUUCACAAGAAGAUUCAUAUUAGCUUGCUUCAUGACAUGUAAACGAGGGCUACUUGCUGGACUUGGAAAUAGAGAAUCCAUGCCGAAUGACAACGAUGAUCAGAUUGUCAAGGUAUAUGAUAUGGCCACCAUAUCUGCAGCAACAAAUGGGUUUGCCACAGAAAAUCAGGUUGGCCAAGGAGGGUUUGGUACAGUUUAUCAGGGCGAAUUACCAGAUGGGCAAAAAGUUGCAGUGAAGAGACUGUCGAAAAACUCCCAUCAAGGAGUGGAUGAAUUCAAGAACGAAGUCCACACCAUUGCACAGCUUCAGCACCGGAAUCUCGUCAGGCUGUUGGGCUGCAGCGCCGCCGGAACCGAACGGAUACUUAUCUACGAGUUCUUGCCCAACAAGAGCCUCGAUCAAAUCAUAUUCAGUAACUCCUCAUCUAGAAAGCAUCUUCUGCAAUGGGAAAAACGAGCGAACAUCAUCAAGGGGAUUGCUAGGGGACUGGACUAUCUUCACUUGGGUUCGAGGUUGAGAAUCAUCCACCGGGACCUCAAGGCGAGCAACGUGCUGCUCGAUGAGGAUAUGAACCCUAAAAUAUCCGACUUCGGCCUGGCGCGCAACUGCGAAGGAAUGGAGGAAGAAGAGACUACCAAGAGAGUGAUUGGAACCUACGGAUACAUGUCGCCGGAGUAUGUGAUUGAGGGCCAUUACUCUCUAAGAUCAGAUGUCUUCAGCUUCGGCGUGCUGGCAGUCGAAAUCAUCAGUGGCCAAAGAAAUUGGGGUUUUCAUCAUCCAGAUCACGAGUAUAACCUAAUUGGACAUGCGUGGAAGCUGUGGAAUGCAGGGACGGCGUCGGAGCUGGUGGAUCCUGCGGUGGAAGAAUCAGUGGUCAUGAAUGAAGCCAUUCGAUUCAUCCACGUGGGGCUGCUCUGCGCGCAGCACAAGGGCGACGAGCGGCCGACGAUGCCUCAGGUCGUCGGAAUGCUGGAGAAUGAGAGCAUAGCAUUGCCGGAGCCCCAAGAACCUGGAUUCUUCACGCAGAGAUCGGCGGCGGGAAAUGCCGGUGCGGGUCUCGCCGCCGGUUGGACCCAGGGAAGCGUUAAUGGGCUCACGGUGACGUCCAUAUCUGCAAGAGAGUGA